AUGGAGAAGAUUGAUUUGUCUACCAAUUCUAAAAAAAUUAAAGAAGCUUACGAAAAAGUUGUUAGGGGGGACCCUUCUUCGAAUUACGUGGUUUAUACCGUCGAUAAAAACUCUAGUUUAGAAGUAAGUGAAAGCGGAGAUGGUUCUUUAGAUGAAUUUAUUGAACACUUUGAAGAUGGAAGUGUUCAAUUCGGUUUAGCCAGAGUUAUUGUUCCUGGAUCGGAUGUUUCAAAGAACUUGCUCGUUGGAUGGUGUCCAGAUAAUGCACCAGCGAAAUCAAGAUUAUCAUUCGCAAACAAUUUUGCUGAUGUCUCUAACGCAUUUAGUGGAUAUCAUGUUCAAGUCACUGCUAGGGACCAGGACGAUUUAGAUGCUGAAGAAUUUUUGCAUAGAGUUUGUGCUGCGGCAGGGGCGAGAUAUUCUAACCAGACAUCGUCCAAGCCAGCUCCCAAGCCGGCUGCUUCGAAGCCAUUUGUUGCUAAGUCUACACCAAAGCCGGCUCCUUCUAAGCCAUCGGUUCCAAAAAGUACUGGUAAACCAAUCUCCCCAAUUACUCCGAAGCCAACCAUUCCGAAGCCUGCUGCCUCAUCUUCCAAUAAUGAUGACGGAUGGGGUGAUGAAAAAGAAAUUGAAGAAAGAGAUUUUGAAAAGAAGCCAUUGGAAAAUGUCCCAUCUGCUUACAAGCCAACUAAGGUUGAUAUUUCUGAAUUGAGAAAGCAAAAAUCAGACACCAUCUCUUCGCAACCAAAGCCAUUUGCCUCGCAGGAUAAGUCCGAUGAAACCAGCAAAGCUGACGAUGAGCCAAAAUCGUUAUCCAACAGAAUGAAAACCUUUAAAAGCAAUGACACUUCAGAUGGCAGAAUGACGUCAUUACCUAAGCCUAAGGUCAACCAUUCGGUGGCAUCUCGUUUUAGUCCAGCAAAUACUUCUUCAAAAAGUCCUUCAUUUGGUUCCAAACCUGCGGUUGGUUAUGGUUCUGCUAAUGAUAACAAAAAGGAUAAAUUAGUUGGUGGGUUAUCCAGAAAUUAUGCUGCUGAAGGUGGGAAGACACCAGCUCAACUUUGGGCUGAAAAGAGAGGUCAGUAUAAAUCUGUUGAGUCUGAAGACAAGGAAACUCAAAAUGAAACGUCUGAAUUAGCUGAUAAAUUUUCUAAGAGUUCUAUUGAUGAUCACGAAGAAGAUUCUACCGAAGAAACAGAAGAGCCAGCUUUGGUUAAACCAUCCACUGGCGGAUUCCCAGUGCCUCCAAAGAGAAGUUUACCUCCAAGAGCUGACGAACCAGAGGAACAAGAAGCAGAAGAAGAAGAAGAAGAAGAAGAAGAAGAAGAGAAAGAAGAAGAAGGAGAAGAGGAAGAAGAAGAAGGAAAAGAGGAUGAUGAGAAACCUAUUGAGCCACCAAUUAUAAAACCAUCAACAGGUGCAUUCCCAACGCCACCAAAGAGAAACUUACCACCAAGAGCUGAAGAAAAAGAAGAAAAAGAAGAAGAAAAAACAUCAGCCCCUACCCCUUCUUUACCAGCACGUAAUUUACCUCCUCCUCCAGCAAGAACGACAGAACCUAAACAAGAAGACGUUGCUCCUACUUCAAAACCCAAUGAAGAAAAGUCUGAAGUGAUUACAGCAGUUGCAGAAUACGACUAUGAAAAAGAUGAAGACAAUGAAAUUGAAUUUGCUGAAGGUGAUUUAAUUACUGAAAUUGAAUUUGUUGAUGAAGAAUGGUGGUCUGGUAAACACUCUAUAAGCGGUGAUGUUGGUUUAUUUCCAGCUUCUUACGUUUCAUUACAAAAUGAUUCAGGAAAAGAAGCUUCGACGACCAUUGGGAAGACUUCUACUCCUGAAACUUCGUCUACACCUUCUGGUUCUGCUGACGCCAACAAGGGUCCAUCUGCUACGGCAGAAUACGACUAUGAAAAGGAUGAAGAUAAUGAAAUUAGUUUUGCUGAGGGCGAUAAGAUUGUUGAAAUUGAAUUUAUUGACGAAGACUGGUGGUCAGGUAAACACUCCAGUAGUAGUGAAGUGGGAUUGUUCCCUGCGAACUAUGUUAAGUUAGACCAAUAA